AGAUGUAGAAAGCGUUAGAAAGCUAUUUAUAUAACUUGGAAGAAUGGAGUGCUUUAGAAUAUCCCUUAAAGGCAUUUUAAUGCAAGAUAAUUUUAGAUCAAGUGCUCAAACUCAAACUGCUGAUUUAACCCUGCCAUAGCUCUCCAUAGGCUAUGGCGGCGUUGGUUGGGGAGUCCCUCGAUGCUCGACAGAAAUGAUUUGAAGGGCACGACACACGAGUAGAUGGCCUUGCUUCUGCCGGCUCAGUCCAGUCUGGCUCAGUCCACGGUUUUCCACCGACGUAGCCCGCCGGACUUUCUGCGGUCAGAGCGAGCGACUUCAUGAAGUGUAUCAUGUCAGCCCAACGGCAGACGUAUGCGGCCAUUGGCGCGCUGCUCAUGGUCUGCUUGGUGACCACCAGGUACUACUCGACCUUCCUGCCGACUCCAUCCACCAUGCAAGCCACGAACGAGAUGGAGUCGCGGCGACGGCUGAUGGCCACCAGCACGGCGAGCAGCGUGUUGGGCCUGGCGUCCCAGGAUGCUCAGGCCGAGGGAGAGCAGUUCGACGUGGUCUUCGACAUCAAUCUGGGCGGCGAUGCGCCUUCCCAGGCGAGCAUCAAGAUCCGGGUGCAUCCCGAGUGGGCGCCCAAAGGCGCCGCGCAGUUCAAGAGGCUGGUGGAGGAAGGCUGGUACGAUGAUGCCGGCGUCUUUCGGGUCGUGCCCGGCUUCGUGGCGCAGUUCGGCUUGCCUGCCAAGCCGCAGCCCAAGCUGGCGAACAUCCCGGACGACCCGGUGAAGGUCAGCAACAAGCGGGGCACCGUCGUGUUUGCCACUGCUGGCCCCAAUACCCGAACCUCGCAGAUGUUCAUCAACUACAAGGACAAUUCUUUCCUUGAUGGACAAGGCUUCGCACCCAUUGGCGAAGUGGUCGACAACGGAAUGCAGGUGGUGGACCAGUUCUAUGCCGGCUACGGCGAACAACCGAACCAAGGUGCCAUCACUGCAUCUGGCAACGCCUACUUAGACUCCAAGUUCCCGAAGCUGACAAAGAUCACUAAGGCCAAGGUGGAAUAGAUGAUCGAACUAGGAUAAAUCUUCUGAAUCCCACAGAGCUGGGAAAUCCCUACCAAAAGCAA